AUGUCGCAUCAAAUGGCGCCAUGGGUACCCAUGUUCAUUCAAUCGUGUAAAAACAAUACAGAACCAUUUGUAUCAUUUCAAUUUGCUACCGUUGAUAAACUAACGAACAAACCACGUUGUAGAACGGUCGUGUUUAGAGAUUUUUUAUUUCACGACAAAAAGACUAACGUGUUAACUUUUAACACAGAUAUGAGGAGUUCAAAGAUAACUGAAUCAUUCUUGGCACCAAAGUCAAGUAACUGUCGCGGCAAUAAAAAGUGCGAAACCCCAUUUUUUGAAGCGUGUGUCUAUUUCCCAGAAACUUGGGAACAAUAUCGGUUCAGUGGCCAAAGCUUUACAAUAUCGAGACAGUUCAAGGAAAUUCCAGACGAUAUUGUAGCCAAGUAUGAUAUAUUUUCACCACGGUUCUCAGAAACAAGUGACGACAGUACUGACGAAGACACGGAUACUUCAAUUAACGAUGACAACGAUAAAAAUAAUGACAUUAACGACGAUAACAAACUUAUAGAAAUAACAGAUAACGAUGAACGCCAUAACGCUGAGAAUGAUUACUACCCAAAACCAGAAGAAUGGGAGGCAGAACUACUAAGACAAUGGUCCUCUCUGUCAAGACAUACUAAAUCAUUGUAUAGAAAGCCAGCACCAGGCCAGAAGCUUACCUCUGAAACCAGCAAGCAAUUGGACAAACUCCAUAGAGGUGUUGAUGGUGCUAAAGAGGAUGUAGGCCUGGAAAAUUUUGGUAUCGUUUGUCUUUGUGUUGAAUCUGUUGAUUUUUUGAAUUUGAAAGAGGGAAGAGGUGGUGAAAGAUGGGUUUUCCAGAAAACUGACGGCAAAGACGAAGAUCUGUGGGAGGAACAAGAAGUGUGUCCGUGA